AUGAAUUUUUCAACUAAUACAUGUAAAGCAAGAUGGAGUAAUAUAAGAGAUCAAUACAGGAAGACCUUGAACAAACAAAAAACUUCAAGUGGUCAAGCAUCGAAAAAAUUGCUUAAAUAUAAAUAUGAAGACCAAGUCAACUUUUUGAAACAACAUUUCCAAGAAAGACCAACGAUUUCAAGUAUUGAAAGCAAUAAUUCUGAAGAAGAUAAUACGUAUGAAGUACCAGAUACAUAUGUGUCUGCAGAUAAUAUUAUAAAUAAUUCUGAUCCCGAACAAUCUUUUAAUGCUACAUGUGUGUCUACGCCAACACAACGGCGUAUUCAAUUUGAUUCAAGUACUAAACAAAAAAAAAAAAAGGAAAAAGAAACAGCAUUAUCAACGUUGAUGAAGUAUUUAUUAGAAAACAGGAAAAGCUCAGAAAAUACUUCACAAAAAGAUCCCAUAGAUGCAUUUUUGAUGGGCAUUGGGGCUACUAUGAAGACAUUUGAUCCUUUUCAUGCUAAUUUAGUGAAAACUAAAAUUUUCGCAGCAGUCCAAGAAGUUGAAAAACAGCAAAUCAUGCAUAACCAACGUCUUAUGUAUGAUCAACCUUCUCAAAAUAAUUGGUUUUGGACUCCUCCGCCUUCUUCUGUCACACAAAAUGUACAAAAUAAUCCUCAAAGCAACUCUAAAACCUUCGAACUUGUUUCAGAAACAAUAUCAUCUUUAACCGAUAACAGUGGGAUACCGUAUUAGUUUUAUAACUACAACAGACAACAGUAAUGUUUUUAUUUUAUAUAGGUAAUUUACUAUUACUUACCUAUAAAGUUCUUUGUAAUAUUAUAUUAUUUGAUAUUUUAAUGGUAAAAAUAUUUU